AUGGAGUACAUGAUGAUGAUCAUGAGAAGUAGUAGUACUAGAAAAUCAUCAUCAUUAUCAUCAUCAUGGUGUUUCAUUUUGGGCUUUUUAGUUUUGUUUUUCUCAUCAUAUCUUUGUUUAGCAAGCUCAUCACAAGAUACUAAGAACACAAAGAGGUGCAAUGUGUACAAAGGGAAAUGGGUUUUGGAUAAUUCAUAUCCACUCUAUGAUUCCAAGGCUUGUCCUUAUAUUCGCAAAGAGUUCGAUUGUCAAAAGUAUGGUCGCCCUGAUAAUAUGUAUCUCAAGUUCAGAUGGAAACCCAAUGAGGACGACUGUGACUUGCCAAGAUUCACUGGUUUAGAUUUCUUGGAGAGAUUUAAGGGAAAGAAGAUCAUGUUCAUAGGAGAUUCUAUCAGUCUCAACCAUUGGCAAUCGUUCAUGUGUUUGCUUCAUUCGGCUGUGCCUGCUGGUUCCACCAUUAAUGGACAACAAAAUGGCUCUGUUGCAUCCUUUCUAUUCAAGGAUUAUGGAGUUUCAGUGAUGUUAUUCAAUUCUCAUUACUUGGUGGACAUAGAAGUGGAAAAGAUAGGACGAGUAUUGAAACUUGAUUCUUUGAAAAGUGGAAAUAUAUGGAAGCAAAUGGAUGUUCUCAUCUUCAACACUUGGCUUUGGUGGUACAGAAAUGAUUCUUAUCGCCCAUGGGAUUAUAUUCAAGAUGGGAAGAAGAUAGUGAAAGACAUGGAUCGAAUGGAAGCAUUUCGAAAGGGCUUGAUCACAUGGGCAAAGUGGGUCAACACAACUGUUGAUACAAAAAAGACCAAAGUAAUUUUCCAAGGAAUUACUCCAACCCAUUACGAUGGCAAAGGGUGGGACAAAAAAGGAGUGAUAAACUGUGGAAAAGAGACAAAGCCAUUAAAUGGGUCGAUCUACCCAGGUGGUUCGCCAAGAGCAUUAUCAGUGUUGAAAGAUGUGUUGAAACAAAUAAAGAAGCCAGUUCAUCUUCUAGACAUAACAACGUUGUCACAGCUGAGAAAAGAUGGGCAUCCUAGCAAGUAUAGUGCUCUUAAAGGCAUGGACUGCACACAUUGGUGUAUUGCUGGAGUUCAAGACACUUGGAAUCAACUUCUAUAUGCAGCCCUCACUACUUGA